AUGAGAACACAAGUGGCAUGGGGAGAGAUUAUGGAGAGAGCACGAAAGAAGGAAGAAGCACGAGACAGAGACAUAGAGAGUGGGGGCAAUGCAAACAGAGAGAGCGUGCAGCAACCAUUACAGCAAACAGCAGAGGAGGAGGAAUUGUAUCCCUCACGAAGAGCGAGUGUUCAAAACACAUUUGGGCAAAGAAAUCCUGACCUAUAUACGAAGCAGAAGACUACACGACUCCGGGAUCUCUCUGGCUCUGAACCCUCAUCAGCGCUGCCUCUUGUUAUUCGGACCACUUUAUCUGCAAAUGCAGCCGCAAAACGUCCAAGUCAAAAGAGCCAAGCUCCUGAGCAUGAUAUCAGUCGCCAAUUCCAUGAAGAAUCACAGGACCUAACGGCGCAGAAGCAAUUAUUACAGCAAAGCCUUCAUGCUGGGGAAGUCAAGUCCGAAUCCGAGGAUCAGUCAAAAGCUCCGCUCAAUGCUGUGAAUGGCGGGAUGACCGAUAUCUAUAGUAUCCAGCCAGACAGACACUCGAAUCCCAGCAGCUCACUAAAGCUAGGCCACAAGGACUCAUUCGCGGACGGUGUUGAUUCAUGGCUUGAGGACGUUGGGGCAAAGUACAACAGAGCGCCAUCUUUCGGUUUCGAGUGCUUGACACGAUCACGGUCCACUUCGACCGAUUCGCCGUCCUUUGCUUCCGAGGGAGAGGCAUCGUUUGUCUUGGAAAGAGAGCGACUACCUACCGCGGACCAGUACAUAUCAGAAGCGCUUGCAAAUUAUCGUUCAGAGUUGGCUGAAAAAAUUGUCCAUAUUUUUGUUCAGAAGCAUGGAUCUGCUCUAUCCGAUAAUGGUGGGAGCUCUUCGAACCUGCCUUCCGGCAGCUCGUGUCAAGGAAAUCCACCCAGCACAGCGCCGACCUCGACUGGCCACCCUCAGGGUUCAAAUCAGCCCCCAGAGCGCAGACGGCGGCGUUCUGGAGAUGAGGAAGAUGGUGAGGAUACAAGGCGUGGAAAGAAGCCGAAUCGCUCGCAGGACCGUCAACAGGAAGGAGAAACCCGGCUUCUUGCAUGCCCUUAUACCAAGUUCCAGCGUUACAGAUACUCCGAAUUAAACCUCACGGAAAAGAACUAUCGUGGAUGCUCGAGUUGUUACGCCAGAGACAUACCUCGUCUGAAACAGCACCUCAAUCGGGUACAUAAUCGACCCCCGAACUAUUGUCCCCGUUGUUUCUCUUCUUUCGCAUCGGCGGCACAGCUGGAGAUUCAUCUUGUAGAAGGCCGUUGUCAUUCCAUCGCUUCGCCUUUCCCAGAGAAGAUGACUCCAGACCAAGUAACCGCUAUCAAGCGACGUGAGCCUGGCAAGAAUCGGGUAGAUGCAUGGUUUGACAUAUACCGCAUUUUGUUCUCCGAUGCACUGUUGCCUCUCGACCCAUACGUCGACAACACGGAGUCGGGCCCAAUCCAAGAUUUCCUAGCACUCUUUGAGCAAGAGGCUCCUCAAAUCUUAGCUACCGAAAUCGAUGCUCGCAUGUUUGGUGAUACUGAAUGCACCAUGGAGCAGCGAACAUUCAGAGACACCGUUUUGGAGCAGUCGAUCUCAGUCUUGGUACAGCAUCUCAAAGAUGAAUAUCUGCGGAGAUCAUUAACGAAUAAUUUGUCAAUUCAACCCCAUACAAUACACGGCAUAUAA